GACGUAGUGGUUACAUACUCUUUGGCAUUCGUCGAAGAAAAGUUUUUGUGUGUAGACGUGCGUUGUGUUACAAUACUAGUUUUUCAAGUUAUUUAGUGUUUGUUGCAAAUUACCAAAAAGUGAAAAGAUAACUACCGCUCAUAAAAUGGCUUGGAUUUACCUAAUUUUUGCUGUUUUCAUAAGUGCUGCCGUGGCCCAGACUGAGACUGAAGAAGCACCCUUUGGAGGCUCCAUCACAUUGCCACCAGAACUUCAAGCCAAAAUAAAUGAGACCGAUGUAGAAAAGUACAAGACACAGUACUUAGACCAAUUUAAGAAGAAAUGUGAACAAAACGGUCAUCCUGAGUUAUAUGAGAGUGCACAAACAGCCGCUACCGACCUUAUGAGUUGCUUCAACUCUUUGGUGGACAUGGAAGUUUUGCAGCAGGAAAUCGAGAAUGCUAAACCCACUGGUGAGGUCGACGAAGUUUUCAAAAAAUACUGUGCGAAGACGCCUCAGUUCAAGAACUGCUUCCGCAACAUGACCGAGAUGGUAAAGCCUUGCUUCUCACCCGCGGAGCAGAAAAACUUCAACGUCAUGUACAACGUCACGGAACAAUUAGCCGACUUCAUCUGUUUCAAAGAGGGUGACAGAAUUGCCCUGUUCAUCGCCGAAGGUGGUAAGGAAUGUUUCCAAGACCAACAGGACGGAAUACAGGAGUGCUUCAGCACAGUGUUCGAUAACAAAACGCAGGCAAAUAUUCAGAACAUCUCCGUAAGCGGCAUCAUGGAGCUCGAGUUUAAGGAAAAGCAAUGUGACCAAAUGACCGGCUUACAGAAGUGUAUGGUCAGUACAUUGGAAAAAUGCCCCAAGCCAACCUCAGCUAACAUUUUGGACUCACUCUUCAACUUCAUCAGAAAAGCCACUCCUUGCAAGCAAUUUAUCAAGGCUCCUGAAAAAUCCCAGGCCAGAGGUCGAAACACAGAAGAGAAGAAGGGCGCGCCCGGCUCAGCGACUGGUCUAGCUGUAACGGCAACAACCCUUUUAACGGCCUUAGUUGUGUCGAUACUCGUCUAAACUUCACCUACUAGAUUUAUAUUAAACGCUCCUAUAUUUAACUUUAAUUAUAAACAACGCUAUAAAAACUAUUAUACCUAAACAAAAGGUACAAAGCAACAGGUCACAGCGAUCAAAACCGCUAGUGCUGCCAUCUGCGUAAAACAAAAAAUGCAAAGAAUUUAAAAGUCCAAAUCACCAU